GGGACAGCGCUACCCGAGAAGAGCAGCUGAGCAGAGCUGCAGUAAACCACAGAGGAGACAUUGUUAGAAUCAAAUGAGUAGAACAACAUCAUUUCUUCGACUUUUCGCGGGGUUCAUUCUCAUUGCGACAGGUGUGCACGGCUCCUGUCCCAUUGAGCUGAACCCCCCCAGUGUUGUGGUGAGAUAUGGAGACCCUGUCUCAGUCAACUGCAGCACAUCGGAGACCGUGUUCGAAGGAAUGGGCUGGGAAGCUACAGAGGGAGGCCUAAGUCCAGAGAAGGUCAACCAUUCGACCUGGUCUGUGAAGAACCUAAUAAACUGGGACAUCUUUGCAAAGUGCUUCUUAAACCCAUUACCAGAAAGCACAUUUGAACAGUGCUCCAGGGACACAAAAAUUGUACUUUAUACAUUCCCAGAACAGGUCAGCAUCAGCUCCAGCAGUGGCCCCAAUGGUGUGAUGAGAGAAGAGGAGGAAUAUAGCUUCACAUGUCACAUCCAACAUGUAGCACCUGUGCAAAAUCUCACUGUCAGAUGGUACAAAGAAAAUACACUCCUCCGUACAGACACUUUCUACAGUACCAGUAAGAAACCAGUGGAUCAGUCAUCUGUGUACAACUUUACAGCGAAAAGACAGGACAAUGGAGUCACACUCAAAUGUGAGGCACAUGUGGACUUGGGGCCAGAAGGGCCACAAUUUAAUUCAUCAUCAGAGUAUACCAUUACAGUUCACUUUGGACCAGAUGUCAAAUGUCCCAUCAAGAACUUGCACUUACGGGAAGGGGAAACUCUGGCCAGUCAAUGUCCUGUGGAAGGAAAUCCAACCCCCCUCGUAAGAUGGAUAAAAAAUGGAAAUACAACAGACCCAGACAUCCCUCUGAGCAGGAAGAAUGCAGGGCUGUACAUUCUCGAAGCUGAGGGCGCAUCCUUCAUCACAGUGGAAGUCCAGGUUUUUCUGUUGUAUGGACCAGAGUUGAAGUGUCCAAGCUAUUACACUGCACUGGAGUACGCUCCUCACAACCUCACCUGCACCGUUGAGGGUUAUCCACAACCUGAGAUAACAUGGUACAGAGAUGGUGAGGAGGUGGAGCUUCCAGAGAAGCUAACAAGACGUGACGCAGGGCAGUACCUGAUCACAGCUUCAAACAGUAUGUCAAUUGUCAACUUCACCGUGGAGAUUACUGUCAUAUACCCACCAUCACAGAUAGUUGAGCUUGAAGACGCUGAAGUUGAAGUUGGUUCUAAUGUGUCACUGAAAUGCUCCUCCAUGAGCAACCCACGACCUCAAUAUAUCUGGAAUUAUUACCGGACGGACAAUGUGAUGGAGGAAAAUGAAGAUGGAGUGUCCCGUCUGCUCAUCAUCAAUGCCACUGCAUACAACUCCGGCUCCUACACAUGUUGCACCUCGAAUGAGAGAGGAGAAGUCUCAAAAACAGCCAGAGUCACUGUGAAAAAUGCCAGUAAAGAAUGUCCCAUUGAAAUAACUCCAGACAGGAUGGUGGUACAGUACCAAGGAGCAAUCCAGACUGCAACGUGCAAACUGACAUCCAACAACAGUAAUUUAAUAGAAAGAUACUGGGAGGCCAAGAACAUCACAAUUUACAAUGAAAGUUGGCAUGUUAACACCCAUGAAGACUGGGACUCAAGGCCUGCUUGUACUGGGAUGUUUGUGGGAUUAGGAGUAUGCCGCAAACCUUUAAACCUCACUCUCUACAAAAUACCAGAUAGUGUCUUCAUCAGUCCUGUCCAAAACUUGAGCUCAUUGGUAGUGGGCGAAGAGCUUCAGCUGCAGUGUCACAUUAUCCAAGUUGCUCCUGCACAGAACCUCGUCGUGCGGUGGUAUAAAGGGAACGACACCUUUGAACCACAUAUCAAAGGCUCGUUGCAAGUGAAUGACUGUCUGCCUGAGAACAGCAGAAACUGUGACAUCAGUGUGGUCAGAACUCCAAAAAAUGUGUUGUCCACUAUCAGCAUCACUCUGGACAGAAAGCACAACGGGGCAGAGUUCAGAUGCGAGGCUCAGAUGGACCUGGGACCCGAGGGACCACAGCCUCCUCCAAAGAACAUGUCCAGUCCUCUCAACAUCACUGUCCGCUAUAAGCCCAUCAUUAACGCCACAAAGCUUCCACAGACAAUCCCAGUGUUCAGAGGUUAUCCUGAGGAGCUCGUCUGUGAAGCCGAUGGUCACCCACCUCCAAAGAUCCAGUGGCACUACAGCCCAGACAAAGUUCCCCAUGUGUCUGGAGACACACUCAUCGUGUCUGAAGCAGGCCUCUACAACUGCACUGCCACCAAUGAAGUUGAUUCUGUCUUCCAUGUGGUCAAAGUGAUUUUAAAGGAGGACUACCUGCCCCUCAUAGCUGGAUUUGUGGCUGUCACAGUAGUUGCUAUCUCCAUCGUCUUCGUCUUCAUUUACUCAAUCUACUACACGAACACCAAGAUGCGCCGCUACAGCCUUAAAAACCCCAAACUAAGCACCCACAAUGGUAACGUAGCUCACAACGGUUGGGACAUGCAGUUUCCUAUGACCAAACUGUCUUAUCCAGCGAGAUAUAUUUCUUUUAGUCGUAACAGUGCUACUGGUUGGUACACAGGCGAAAUCAUGAAGUGGCUUUUCAUACUCAGCGGCUUGAUAGCGUGUGCAGGAAAGCCUGUGAGUGCCAACUGUGAGGCUGAGCUGAGCCCUCCUCAAGUUGUGGUGAAAUAUCGAGACACCUUCUCAGUCAACUGCAGCUCAUCACCCGAACUGACAGAGGGAAUGGGCUGGGAGUCUUCACAGGGUGGCAUAGCACUUACAGAUGGGAUCUCCUUUCUUACCUUAGAAACAGACUCUGUAACAGACUGGAAGAUAGCUCCACUGUGCUUCUUCAAUCUCCAUAACGGUACUCAGUGCUCAGAAAAACUGCCAGUCACCGUUUACAAAAUACCGGAGAGUGUGUAUAUGCAUGAUCCAAGUCCGCUGGGCCCCAUGGUGGAGGGCACAGUGUAUCAAUUGCGAUGUGAUAUUGCUAAUGUUGCACCAGCAAAAAUCCUCUCUGUAUACUGGCACAAAGGAAAUGAGAUAAUCAAUACUCAAACAUUUAACGAGUCCAGCCUGUCUCCAGUCAAUAAGUCAUCUACCUUCGAUUGGAUCGCCCAGGGAGACGAUAAUGGAACUCAGAUCUGGUGUGAAGCAAAGCUGAACUUUUGGCCAACAGGACCAAAGCUUCCCAUGAUGCAGUCAGAGUCACAUGAAUUGAUCGUACUGUACCCACCAAAGUUCCACACGCAUUCAAAUGAGACGCAGGAAGUUCCAGCUGGUAUUGAAAUGAUUUUAAAUUGCACUGCGAAAGGAAACCCAAUGGCAGUAUACAGCUGGAAACUCCCUGAAGCCAUACAAGAGAAGAUCAAGAAUCGCAAUAGGAAUCAGCUCAUCUUGCCCCGGUACCUUCAGUUUCCAGGGACAUACACCUGCACAGCGUCUAAUGAGGGGGGCAGCAAGACCAAAUAUUUCACUCUUAUCCAAGCUCCAAGGGACCGAACAACCUUUGCAGCCAUAGUUGGAGGAUUUACCUUCCUGGCCGCCCUGCUCAUCGUUGCCGGUCUCAUUUUUGUGACACCUGAUGGAAUGUUUUCUCUCAACAAAGGCAGCUAUCUCAGAGGACAACCUACCUCAUCAGGACCUUUGCAGUCAGAGCUGUUCUGUCUGUGCAGCAUUCUGGUCACAGUAGUUGCCAAGCUUGUUCAAGUUGGAAUCUUCUUUCCCUCGCCCCUUAAUCGACGCCUCAGUGCAGAAAAUAACAUGGGGAACAACUUUCUGAGAUGGAUCCUGACGUUUUGCAUGUUUUAUUCGGUGUCAGGUGAAGGUUGCUCCCUAAUCCUGAAGCCCUCCAGGGUUGUGGUGGGCUUUGGGGAGUCGGUGUCAGUCACCUGCGAAGCAGCCCGUGAGGUACUUGUCCUGGGCUGGGAAUCGGCCAUCAAUGCUGCAAACACUCAGCAGGACCUGUCCGUCCAGUGGAAGGUAGACAGUCUCAUUGAUUGGAUAGAAGAGCCUAUCUGUUAUGGGGUGUUUUUCACAGCUCCCAGACAAUGUGAGGAGAAACUCAAUCUCGUCCUCUACAAAACCCCAGACAGUGUCUCCAUCAGGCCUGUGAACCACACUGGCCCCAUGGUGGAAGGAAAAGAGUACCAGCUGCUCUGUGAGGUUCAAAACAUCGCUCCUGUUCAGUAUCUCACCCUGAGGUGGUACAGAGGGCAGACUGAGGUUUAUAACCACUCCUUCGCCGACCUCACAUCUUCCUCACCUGUCCAAGUGUCCUCUAUCCUCGUCGUCACGCCAACCAAAGCCGAGAAUGGAGUGCAGUACAGGUGUGUAGCAGAGCUGGAGCUUGGACCAGAAGGACCACAACCACCUCCUACUGUGACCUCAGAGCCUCUUAAUGCCUCUGUGUAUUUUCCCCCAAUGUUCCUCAGUCCUGAACCAGAAGUGUUGGACCUCACAGUGGGUGCUGAAAUCUCCUUAAACUGUACAGCUACAGGAAAUCCCACACCUGUGUACAGCUGGCAAUCCUCCCAUCCUGCGCAGGAGAGGAUGGAGGAUGAAGCAGUUCUUACCUCUUCCUCACUGCUCCCAGGGACCUACACUUGCACUGCCUCCAAUACACUGGAGAAGAAGAGCAAGCAGUUCAUUGUCAAGGCCAAGACCAAAGGUGUUUGAAACACAGGAUCGUGAGAUGGGAUUGGAUGACCACAUUGGACAUACGAGGAGAAUUCAGCCAAGGGGAUUUUACUGUUGCUGCUUUGGAGACGGAAAUGACAAUGCAUUCAUAACUCAACAGAUAUUUAUCAGGAUCUUGCUAUCAUCCAGAACUAGAUCUCAUAAAGAAAAAGACCCGAAUAUACUACACUUGGCAACUGCCAUUUAAUUUGUCAGUAUUUUAACAUGAAUGUAUUCUUGUGGUAGAUUGUUGUUUAGAAUAUAGUUCACUUUUUAUGCUUCCCAUGUGAUAUCCUGUAUCUAAUUUAUAUUUUUGUUAGAUUUAUUUUCCUAUUAAUAAAAUUAUAUUAUAACAUUACAGAUGUGUAGCUACACUUAAUAUAGCAAUGAUGACUGCAUUAUUGUUAAUGUUAAUGUUAAUGCUGGAAAUUUAGUUCUGCAACUUUAAUGCUGAAUGUUAAAGAA